ACAGCGCUAUGGCACUCAAGUCAUCCCCCAAAGGACAAGGGAAACGCGACACCGGGCCAAAAGCUAAGAGAAAGGCACCUACACCGUCGGCGAAAGCUGCAAAAGUUGCAUCCAUGGGGACGAAACGCGUCACGCCCAAAAAACCCAAAGCGCGCGUGCUACGGCUGCUGAAAGCCAAGGAACCGAAGCUGGUGGAGGAUGGGAAGCAAGCUUUAUUUUUGAAGGGAACGAAAUGUCCUCAGCUUUUGCAGACGGUGCUCCGGGACUUGACCAAACUCUUGAAGCCCAACGCAAAGUUUUUGAGCCGAAAGAAUGAAAUUCGUCCCUUUGAGGACGUAACCUCCCUGGAGUUCCUGGCCGACAAGAACGAUUGCGCCCUUUUCUGCUUUGGAUCUCACAGUAAGAAGCGGCCGCAGAACCUGAUCAUGGGACGCACAUACGACAAGCACCUCUUGGACAUGGUUGAGUUCGGGGUCUCGAGCGUGGAGGGGCUGGACGCUGUCAAGGCGACGGAGAAGAAGCGGUGCGGGUCGAAACCCUGCCUGGUCUUUGCGGGGGACGGGUGGCACCAGGACGCGACCUUGGAGCGCAUUCAGAACCUGUUCAUGGAUUUUUUCCGGGUGGACGAGGUGAACAAGGUGGCUUUAGCAGGCAUAGACGCGGUCACGUCUUUCACGGCCAUGGGGACCGACUCCAUUCUUGUCCGAAACUACCAUGUCAAGUUCAAGAAAUCGCAAGGACGCGUGCCCAAUGUUUUACUGGAGGCUAUGGGCCCUAAUUUUACCCUUACUGUGCGACGGCAUCAAUUGGCUGCACCGGAUUUGUGGAGGACGGCUUGUAAGCAGCCAAAGGGCUUGCGGCCGAAGAAGGUAAAGAACGAGUCCACCAACGUGCUGGGAGAAACAGUGGGGAGGGUACACGUUGGCCGGCAGGAUCUGACAUCAAUGCGUGUAAAGCGGGUGAAGGCGUUGAGGAAAGGGAGGGGCGAGAGAGAAGAAGGGGAGGCGGAGACGGGCGACGGCGUGGCGGAGGAGGUGGCUAUGGAUGAGAGUGAUGAGGGGGAAUACAGCGAGGACUCGGAGGAGUGAUGUGAUAAAGCCUGUGACUACAGAAAGUCGUAAACCUGCAUAUAAGUCAACGUAGAAACAAUAAAAAAAAGGAAAAUUCUGCCUGGAGCUACU